UCUGUAACACACACACACUUUCACACAGAAGCAAGAUGGCGGAACACAGCAGACGCUGCGGGUCCACAACAAGACGGCUUCGAUAAAACUUCUCUGGACUUUGUUUAACCCAAGUUCUCUCGUCCGAACCGGAUUCAUGAGGUCUGACGGCCCGUCCCCCGGCUGGUUGUGUCUGUUCGCCGCCUGAACUCACUCUCACCGGGAAGAUCUGACGCUGGGCCUCCAGCAUGGCGGCAGCGUCGUAUGACCAGCUGCUGAGGCAGGUGGAAGUGUUGAAGAUGGAGAACUCCAACCUAAGACAGGAGCUGCAGGACAACUCCAACCACCUGACCAAGCUGGAGACCGAGGCCUCCAACAUGAAGGAAGUGUUGAAGCAGCUGCAGGGCACCAUAGAAGAAGAGCCCAGGGAGGUGUCUGGCUCUCAGCUGGAGCUCAUUGGACGACUGAAAGAAAUGAGCCUGGAUCCAGCCGGCUUCAAGACUAGAACAAGGCUUCCUCUGCCCCCCUCGUCCUCCUCCAGCUCUUCCUCCUCUUCCUCUGGAACUCCAGCAGGAGCUGCCGGAGGCUCCGCAGCUCCAGGACCUUCGUCAGCUGCCUUCCCCAAGAGGGGACUGCUGUCUGCGGGAAGAGACAGCCACGAUCGUUGCGUGGAGGAGCUAGAGAAGGAGAGGUCUCUGCUAUUGGCUGAGUUGGAGAAGGAGGAGAAAGAGAAGGACUGGUACUACGCUCAGCUGCAGAAUCUCACCAAGAGGAUUGACAGUCUGCCUCUCACUGAGAACUUCACUCUGCAGACGGACAUGAGUCGCCGUCAGCUGGAGUUUGAGGCUCGUCAGAUCCGUUCAGCAAUGGAGGAGCAGCUGGGCUCCUGUCAGGAGAUGGAGAGGAGAGCUCAAGCUCGUGUGUCUCGUAUCCAGCAGAUUGAGAAAGACAUCCUGAGGCUGGGAGCCCAUCUGCAGGUGGAGGGUGCUCAGAGUGCAGGGGACAGCAGUGGAUUGGCUGAAGCUCAGAGUUCCAGCAGCCGAUUGGACCAGGAGUCGGCCAAUGAGACGAGCUACUCUGUGCCUCGACGAAUCACCAGCCACCUUGGAACAAAGGUGGAGAUGGUGUACAGCCUGCUGUCCAUGCUGGGAACUCACGAUAAGGAUGACAUGUCUCGCACGCUGCUCGCCAUGUCGAGUUCACAGGACUCCUGCAUCGCCAUGCGUCAGUCUGGCUGCCUGCCUUUGCUCAUCCAGCUGCUACAUGGCAAUGACAAGGACUCCUUGUUGCUAGGUAACUCCCGUGGCAGUAAGGAGGCUCGAGCGAGGGCGUCGGCUGCACUGCACAACAUCGUGCACAGCCAGCCUGAUGACAAGAGGGGGCGCAGGGAGAUCAGAGUGCUCCACCUGCUGGAGCAGGUGCGUCAUUACUGCGAGGCAUGCUGGACCUGGCAGGAGAACCACGAGAGGGGCGCCGACCAGGAGGACAACCCCAUGCCGUCUCCUGUGGAGCAUCAGAUCUGUCCGGCCGUCUGCGUCCUCAUGAAGCUGUCCUUCGAUGAGGAGCACCGCCACGCCAUGAACGAGCUGGGAGGUCUGCAGGCGGUGGCGGAGCUGCUGCAGGUGGACUGUGAGAUGUUUGGGCUGAGCAGCGAUCAUUACAGCGUCACUCUGCGGAGAUAUGCUGGCAUGGCGCUCACCAACCUCACCUUUGGAGAUGUAGCCAAUAAGGCCACGCUUUGCUCCAUGAAAGGCUGCAUGAGAGCAAUGGUCGCUCAGCUGAAGUCUGAGAGUGAAGACCUGCAGCAGGUGAUAGCCAGUGUUCUGAGGAACCUGUCAUGGCGUGCUGAUGUCAACAGUAAGAAGACGCUGCGUGAGGUUGGCAGCGUGCGAGCGCUGAUGGGCUGCGCUCUCGAAGUGCAGAAGGAGUCCACGCUGAAGUCUGUACUGAGCGCGCUCUGGAACCUUUCGGCCCACUGCACAGAGAACAAGGCAGAUAUCUGCGCUGUGGAUGGUGCUCUUGCAUUUUUGGUCGGAACUCUGACGCAUCGGAGCCACACCAACACGCUCGCCAUCAUCGAGAGCGGCGGAGGAAUCCUGCGGAACGUUUCUAGCCUCAUCGCCACAAAUGAGGCGCACAGGCAGAUACUGCGUGAGCACGGCUGCCUUCCAACUCUGCUGCAGCACCUCAAGUCUCAUAGUUUGACCAUCGUAUCCAACGCCUGUGGAACGCUUUGGAACCUGUCAGCCCGAGACGCCAAAGACCAGGAAAUGCUGUGGGAGCUGGGUGCCGUGGGAAUGCUGCGCAAUCUCAUCCACUCCCGCCACAAGAUGAUCGCCAUGGGCAGUGCCGCUGCUCUGCGAAACCUGAUGGCCAACCGUCCAGCUCGCUUCAAAGACGCCAGCGUAGUGUCGCCGGGCGCCGGCGCCCCUUCGCUGCAUGCUCGUAAACAGAAGGCGUUAUUCGAGGAGCUGGAUGCACAGCAGCUGUCAGAGACCUUCGACAACAUCGAUAACUUAAGCCCCAAAGCAGCAAACAGGAAGGGGCGGAGCUGUAAUGGUGCCGGAGCUGGAGCAGGCAACCCCACACGCUCCUAUACCAACACGCCUGUGCUGUCGAGCCCGAAGAGUGGUGACGGAUCGAAGAGGACAAGCGAAGAAGUGUCGUACGUGCGGUCAGUGUUCCCGCCCAGUGUGCGUGCCUCCAGCGACAGCCUCAACAGCGUAACGAGUACCGACGGAUACGGCAACCGCGGCAAAACCAAGCCUUCCUCAGAUGCCUUCUACUCCUCUGACGAAAGCGGCGCCAACAAGUGCUGCGUCUACAGGAAGUACCCAGCAGACCUGGCUCAUAAGAUACGCAGUGCCAACCACAUGGCGGAUGAUGACUGUGCCGAGCUGGACACACCCAUCAACUACAGCCUAAAGUACUCGGACGAGCAGCUGAACUCUGGGAGACAGAGCCCGAGCCAUGACGACGACCGUGAGCAGGACGUUAGGCUGCGGAGAAACGACAACGGUGCAGAGUCGGGACAGAAUAGCAGCCACAUGACGUCAGGACAACCGCCACGCUAUGUCGUCGUCUCAGCAACAUCGAGCUACUGCGGCGACUCUACACCUGAGCAGCCAAUUGACUAUAGCCUAAAGUACGGCAGCGACUCUGCACACAAACCAAUCUUCAAGCAGGAAGAGACAGCCAUCCCUUCUUUGGCUCUUCCUGCUUCAUCCUCUACUAACAAGCUCCGCCCCCUGCCUCCGGCCACAGCGCGCACAGUGGCCAAAAGCAACCAGGAGUCAACACAGACUUACUGCGUGGAGGACACACCCAUCUGCUUUUCCAGGGGCAGCUCACUGUCCUCGCUGUCAUCGGAAGAGGACGAGGAUGCUGAUGUCAUUGCGAGGAAGAGUAAAGGUGGCAGCGGCAAUGAUUACCCAACACUUCCUGUCAGCGAGAAAGACGCCCAGGAACGGCAGCAACAGCGGCAGCAGAAAGAGGCAGAGAGCCAAACAUCUGCCGCGCCGUCCACACGAGGACGAAGAGGUCAUCAUCACCACCACGGCCAUCACCAUCACCACCAUGUGACCUCAUCAUCGGGCGCCAGGACACCAAAGAGCCCUCCAGAGCCGCCGUAUGCCCAGGAGACGCCGCUGAUGUUCAGCCGCUGCACGUCGGUUAGCUCACUUGACAGCUUCUCCACCUCGUCCAUCGCCAGCUCCGUACGCUCCAGCGAGCCUUGCAGUGGCAUGCCAAGCGGCGUGGUCAGCCCAAGCGACCUCCCGGACAGCCCGGGUCAGACGAUGCCCCCGAGCCGUGCCAAGACGCCGCCACUGCCUCUCUCCGCCGAGAAAACUAAGCAGGAGGAGAGAGCCAAGAAGGAGGAGGAGAGUUGUGUUGAUGUCCUGCUGCACUUCGCCACAGAGAGCACACCGCACGGCUUCAGCCGCGCGUCUAGCCUGAGCGCGCUCAGUGUAGAUGAGCCGUACAUCGCAGCCGAGAUGAAGAAAGAGGAGCAGGAGGGAGGCAACAAGGAGGUAAAGGAGGAGCCUCUCAAACCAAUCCUUGACGAAUCGGAUGACGACAAUGAGAUCUUGGUGGCAUGCAUCAACAUGGCCAUGCCCAAGUCGUCCCAGAAACCAAAGAAGCAGCAACCAGCAGCACCACGGAAAGCCAGCCAACUUCCUGUUUACAAGCUCCUCCCACCACAGAGCCGAUCCUUGCCGCCGCAGAGGAAGGAUGUGCCGCCCCCACCCGAGGAGGUGCCAAGAGUUUACUGCGUGGAGGGAACGCCGCUCAAUUUCUCCACUGCCACCUCGCUCAGUGACCUGACCAUCGACUCCCCACCCAAUGAGGAGUCAGCCCCGCCUCCCUCUGCCCCAAGAACAAGGGCAGGAGUCCCAGAGGGUGAGAAUGGUGACGACAUCCUAGCUGAGUGCAUCAGCGCUGCCAUGCCUAAAGCCAAACCCAGGAAACCAUUCAGAACCCUCGAAAGCAGUGAACACCUUCAGGCUCCGCCCCUUCCUCCUGCUGUGUCUCCGCCAACACCGCCUCCUCUCUGCCAGCCGCCGUUAAAGAACAAACCCACCUCGCCUGUGAAGCCGAUGCCUCAAAGGCCAUCAUACAGCGUCGCCACGACAGCAGCCGCCAAACCAAAACCAGGAUUUGCCUUUGAUUCACCACGCCACUACACCCCCAUCGAGGGAACGCCAUGUUGCUUCUCACGUAACGACUCGCUGAGCUCCCUCGACUUUGAUGAGGAUGAGGCUCCUGAAAAGGAAGGAGAGGAAAGGAAGAGUAAAGAGGAAGAAAAUAGGAAAAGGAAACAGCAGACUGCCGCCGUUUUCCCCCGAACUAAAACUGCAACCAAUCAGAUGAUCACAGAUGAGAAGCAGAAGUUUGCUAUGGAAGACACACCUGUCUGCUUCUCCAGAAACCCAUCGCUGAGCUCACUGAGUGACAUCGACCAGGAGAACAACAACAAGGAGUUUGCACCACCCCCACUGCAGGAUGAAGAGGAGGAGCCUGAUAGUGGCGAAGCAGCAGCGAAAUCUCUUCCCCCUGCAGAGGUGGAGUCAAAGCCCCGCCCCCCUGCAGCCAGCGGCUACGCUCCCAAAGCGUUCCAUGUGGAGGACACACCCGUUUGUUUCUCGAGGAACUCGUCGCUCAGUUCACUCAGCAUCGACUCUGAGGACGACCUCCUGCAGGAAUGCAUCAGCUCCGCUAUGCCCAAGAAGAAGAAGAAGUCUGCCGCGCUGCCUGCCCCUGCUGCCAUAGCUACACCACCUCCUCUCACCAAGGCUGAUGAUGGCAUUCUGGCAGAGGAGGAACCUUCAGAGGCUCCCAGAAGCCCCACCUCUCCUGACUCGGAGUCCUUUGAUUGGAAAGCCAUCCAGGAAGGUGCCAACUCUAUUGUCAGCAGUCUGAACGCUGCUGCUGCCGCAUCCCUGUCUCGCCAGCCAUCAUCAGAUUCUGACUCCGUCCUGUCCCUGAAGUCUGUUGGGUCACCCUUCCACCUGCCAACGGCCAAGAAGAACGCUGAUGAGGAGGAAGAGGAGGCUCUGCAAGUGAAGCGAGGUGCCCGGAUCUUGAAGCCAGGCGAGCGCACCACGUUAGAAGCCAAGAAGAAGGAAGAGGAGGAUGACGAGGAGGCAAAGGCGCUGAGAGGUGGGAAGAAGGUGUACAGGAGCCUGAUCACAGGUAAACCCAGGGCAGAACCAGCAGCAAGGGGCCGGAGCAAACCCAGAGCUGCAGCUGUGGCCAAAGCUCCAGGAGUCAGUGACAGCACAGACAGAGGAGGCGGGUCCUCUCGAGACGCCACUCCUUCUCGGUCCGCAGCGCCAGCCAGUCAGAAAGGAGCAAAGCUGUCACAGCUGCCACGUACCACGUCUCCAGGAAGUGCCUCAUCAACGUCUUCCUCUAGAGCCGCCAAGCAGAGCACUCCAAAAAGCGGCGGCAUGCUGAGAAGUGAGUCGGCCUCCAGGCUCAGCAUCUCUGCCUCCACCAAGAAGCAGAAGGUCGAACCUGAGAAGCCUGCACUCGUCCGACAAUCGACCUUCAUCAAAGAAGCUCCGAGUCCGACACUGAAGAGGAAGCUAGAAGAGUCUUCGUCAGCAGCGGCAGCAAUGGAGUCGCAGUCCAGCCCUGAAACACCGCUUCCUCCCGCAUCCAGAAGACAAGACGUCAACCGCUCGCAGUCAGAGAGUCCGUCAAGGCCACAAGAAGAGACGUCAUCUCGACUGAGCCGCACUGGCACCUGGAAACGGGAGAACAGCAGUGGUGCCACAGGAGUGAGCGGCGGGAAACACUCAACGUCUUUACCUCGCGUUGGCACGUGGAAGAGGACAGGAAGCUCAUCGUCGGUGCUGUCGGCAUCAUCUGAGUCCGGUGAGAUGCGAAGUGAGGACAACACCAACAGGUCCAAGGGGACAUGGAGGAAAGCAAAGAGCAGCGGCAGCGACUUAACAGCUGCCAAAUCAGAGGAUGUUUGGGUUCGUCUUGAAGACUGUCCCGUUAACAAUCCACGCUCACCCACCACCGCCAACGCCCCGCCUGUCAUCGACAGCCCCGCCCCCUCAAAGAUCCCCUCCUCUUCCUCUUCUUCAUCCUCCAACCUCAAUCUUCGUCGGAGCUGUGAGAGUUUGGAAGACCAGCCUCCGCCACCACCCGACCGCCAGCAGCAGCGCAGUCAGCAGCGCAGCGGUGCUGUAGCAGCUCGUGUCAGUCCCUUCAACUAUACGCCCAGCCCAAGGAAGAGCAGUGCAGAAGUAAGCUCCGCCCCCACACAGCCUACCAGCAGCACGUCCACCACGCCCACACGGCCUUCACUCAUCCCCACCCCCGUGACCAAGAAGCGUGAGCCAAAGGGCGGAGAUGGAGGCAGCAACGGCGGCGGCGAGCGCGGUUCCUACAUCGUCACGUCCGUGUAAAUCUGCACAGGAGCACAACAGGAAGAGCGUGUUUGGGAAUGGAACUGUACAGGAAGUUAUUCAGUGUUUUAGCUCCGCCCCCAUCCCUCUGCUGCUUGAUUAGCUCCUCCCACCUGCCUGAAAGAAAACUUUAUAUGUUUUUAUACCACUAAAUGACCUGUAGCGCUUAGCUCCGCCCCCAGCCCUUCCCUGCAUGGCCCCUCGCCUUCAUAACAUAACAAUGUUACCAUGGUGACCUGAAGCUAAUAAUGUUGAUGAUGAUGUUUCUGAUAGCUGUAGCGUCUGGAAGAUUUGCUGGUUGUAUAAAUUGUCUGGUUCUGAACAAAGCCCAGUUCUGAUGCUAUGGAUCGGUCUCUGGUCAGUUUGACUAACUCAUCUAAUCUGACAUGAGAAUAAGGUCCAUUACCUGAACCUUGGACCAGUUCUGAACAUUUUAACUGGAGUCAGAUUCUGAUUUGUUGCCCUAACUUUGGAUCAGAUUAUGUCCUCUUAAUCUGACCUCUGAUCAGAAUUGAACCAUUUGGACUGAUCCAUGGGUCAAAUCUCAGUACCUUCAUUGGUAAACAGAACCAGCAGUACGCCUCUUUAAGCUGCCUGUUUUAGUCAGAAUAAAGCACUGAGGAAGCCCAGCUUUCUUCAGAACCUGAUACUUUCUGUUGUGUCGCCUUGGAAACGAGUAACACUGUAAAGCAUAAGUUAUUGCUGUAAACCUGCAGGCAUUUUGAUUCUGAAGCACAUAAUUUAACAGAGUUUUUGCUGAAAGGCUGAUUUUCACUGAUUCCUGCUGCAGAGAAAAGACUAAGGCAAAAACCUUCAUGUUUCACUGAAGAUGAUCAAUAAAGUUCAACACAAGCUGCUUCUA